UGAAUGUUGGUUGACAAUUUUAUUCUGUUUUAUGUUAAACCAUUAUUUCCAUUUAGUUUUCAGAUAAAUGUAAGAAUGACGACGGAAUCAACAUGACUUAAUUGUGACAGCUUACAUUAAGUUGACAAUGUAUUACCUGAGAAAGAAUAAUCAAUAAUUUCAUUAAAUCUUAAAGGUGUUUAGAAUGGACGUUGUUACUGUUUCGUGGCUGAAAGUGUUUCUGGUAUCAUUUUUUGAGUUCACUAUCGAUGCAACGGAGUGUUUAAAAAAUGACGACAUUGGAUGGCGUCAGGGUAAUAUCUACAGCUGCAAUGACCAAACAAAGUCUGAAUGUUGUGAAAAGGAUCACAAGUUUACCUGUUGUGAACCAGCAAAAGAUACUACAUUACGGGAACAGUUCCAAUUGUGGGGUGUAGUUGCAUUCUUUAUUAUGAUUAUAUUUAUUAUCUACAUGUAUUUGAAGAAAGAUGUUGAAAUUUUCACUAGACCUACAUUGAAAGACAGCAUAUUGUCACUUGUGAGAGCUAAUAAUAGACAAAGUGAUGAAGCAUCAACUGCUGAAAGGUCCAACAGAAAAGACUCUACAACUUAUACAAGAACUGGUAUUAAGAACAAACCCCAAUUAAACGAAGACGAGGAUUCUUGUUGGUCUGAUUCACAAUCUGAGUCUGACAUUGAACCAGUGAACGGCAUGUCAUCAACCGAAAACGAUGGCUCGUUAAAUCUACAAAGUAAAAUGGAUGUUCAAAAUAAAAACAGAACUCAGAUUUAAGUUUUGCAUCAUUGACCUCAACCAGUGCAUUGCUGUAUUUUACAUAUUACAGUAUGAAAUGUUAGUCUUUCAUCUACAUAACAUUCUGUUUAUAUAUUAUCCAAAAGAAGGGAUAUAAUGUAUCAUCUUAAGACACAAAAUACCUACAUGGAUUUAACAACAAAUAAAGAAAAGAAAGACCGCUUAAACUGCUAUUUUUUUAACUCCCAGUUGAAAUCUGACUUUAAACAUGGAACAAGAGCUUUCUGCAAGUUCAAGCCGGCCUUAGUACCGGUUUUAAUAUAUAGGUAUUGUACGCUGGUUAAUAUCAUCUAACUACACACCAUAACAGUGGGAAAAUACUGCCAUUAUUUGCUCUCUAAUCUCCUUGUAAAAUACAGAAACAAUAUGAUCAUGUCUUUUUGUAUUAAACCAUAAUGCAGAUCCAGAUAUGUGUUACAUAACUUGACAAGACAAAUAUAUGUAUACGACAAAAAAUCUUGAUGAACUGAUAAUAAAGAAUAUGGGAAAAGGGAUCAUUAAUGAAAUAAUUGCCAAUAUUUGUAGUAUAAAUUUUUGUGUUUUGGCCAUAAGCAGAUAAGGUUUAUACAAAUCAAGGUUUAUAUCAAAUCAAUUCUAUGACGGCUGCUUCUUGCAUGUCAAAACAAAGAUAUCUUCAUUGCUUGUAUAUAUUGAGCAUCAAAGUUUUCUCCCCGUUAGGAUACGAUUAUUUGAUUUUCUGUGGGGUUGGGGCAUGGUAAUUCUAUUCUGGUGAGACCUGAAAAUAAAUAGUCUUGCUCAAGACAUGAUGAAAAUGAAUAUUUUGCAACACAAAAUGCAGGAAGUAAUUGUCGUAGCAACAGAUGAAAGUGAAUAUUUAAUCCGCAAAAGAAUCCUCCUACCCCUUCCCUCUCCCCCACGAAUUUCAAAUGAUCGUCCAAUAACUGUAUAUAAUAUGGAAAUAAGGGACUUACCAUUUUUUACUUGGGAAGGGGGCUGGUCAAAAUGUAGGGGGGUCAAGUUUGUUUCUGUAAGUGGAAAAGGGGGUUCAAAUUUUUUUAUAAAUUGAAAGUGGGGGGACCAAUUUUAUCUCUAAUGAAACAUUUGUGAACUUUUGAAUCAUCAAGUAUAUCCUACAUAUCAUGUGUGUCAAAGUUAAGUGUUUUGCAUGUUAAAAUUUUGGCAUGUUUAAUAGAGGGGGGAAACACAUUUUUUU